AUGACACAUGCUUCCCCGCUCGAAACUUUCUUGGCACCAGAGCUCGCUGACUGUGUCAACAGUCUUUCAUCGUUUGCAAAAACCACUGUUCCAAAGGCUUCGGUAUCCGUUCUAGACAUCAAACAACGAGAAAAUGCUGGAGGACCGAUUGUAGAAGAUAUAGCGAUCGACUUCGCUGGCACCGAAGUGCCCUUAUUGGAGACGCCCGAGGAUAUACACAUGUAUUGUAUUAAGCAGUUUAUGUGGAAAGAGGACAUCGUGCGAUGGGAGGACUACAACAUCACGAAGACGGACAAAGACCUCGUGAACGGCCUUCUUGAAUCCAUGAUGACGCCGACAGGUGUGAAGCACUCAAGAAUCAAGCGUCAGUCCGUUACUCCACCGACAGGUCGCCGAACACGACGGGAAUAUAGACGGAUAUCCGACGGAGAAAGAAAUGCAUUUCAUACAGUAUUGCAAACGAUGAAAACGAAUGGACAAUACAACACGUUCGCAAACCUUCACCAGGGUAUUGUAACCACGUCCGCACACAAUGGUCCCAACUUUCUUGGGUGGCACAGAGUCUAUCUAGCUUUGUUCGAGGAGGCAAUACGAAGAAUUAACGGGCAAGUUUCACUCCCGUACUGGGAGACCACCCUCGAUUUCGAUAUGGUCAAUCCAGCGACCACAAUUGUGUUCUCACCGGCGUUCUUUGGAAACGGUGACGGACGGGUGAUCACGGGACCAUUCGCUAAUUGGGUAACCCCUAUUGGUCCGCUGACAAGAAAUAUUGCAGGCAGAAGUACGCUAUUUACCAAAGCGAAUAUCCGAAGUAUCCUUACGCGUUGUCGGACGAGGGAAAUCACAAGUCCCACUGCGUUACCUCAGUUCAACUUUGAAUCGUUCCACAAUGGUCCUCAUGUUUGGGUUGGUGGACAGAUGUCUGGUCUUGAUUCCUCCGCCCACGAUCCCGUAUUUUUUAUCUUCCACGCUUUUAUAGACUACGUUUGGGAACUGUUUCGCAUCCACCAAAUAAAUGAUUGUCGAGUCGACCCCAGCAUAGAUUAUCCACCAGUCACUCGUGAACAUGCCGCCACCAGACCAAUGGACGGGUUAACAGAUUACCGCAACAUUGAUGGUUAUCGCAGUUACUGGACGCAAAACUGGUAUGAUUACGAAAGGGCUCCCAGCUGCCCAAACUGUAACUCCCCAUAUUUAAGAUGCGACACGGCCCGAAGUGUGUGCGUGUCCCUUCAACGUACGCUUGCUGCCGAUGAACCAGCGACUUUUGAUCGAAUGGCUAUUUUUGAAGAUGGAACGGCAGCAAACUCAAGGGUUGCUCAAGCAAUAGCCGAUGUUGCAAUGCUCACUAUCGGUCCACAAUUCAAUGGGCCUCCCGAUGAACCGAGGACUCAGAUGGGUCAGGCAAGAUUGUCCCGGAUGGGAUCGAAUGUCCCGAUUGUUCCCUCGUAUGUAGCGGACCGUACCGCAGGAUAAUUCGACGUCUUACAUACCUGAUGAAUUUAAGCAAAGAAAAAUUCCGUAAAAUUGACGCUACCUGACCCGUUUGUUCUGCCUGUUAGAAAUAAUGAAUAUUUAACUUUUUUACAUACAUUUAUUGUCUAAAAUUGUUAUAUAUGAAUGUACAUGUGUCAUAUGGUUAUGAUAAUUUUGAAUUCGAUGAGGCUGCGGAAUCAUUUCAAUAGGUGGGACGAUAUUUUCAAAAUUUUGCCAAUGUCACAAGGAGAGCCAGUUACUAUGGUAGAGUAACUAAACGACCACAAUGUUGCACCUUGUAUAUUGUAUAUUAUAAAUUCAACAUAAAACAUAAAACAAACAAUAGUUAUUAUCUAG